AAACAUCUUCUUCUCUCGCACAAUUACAAAUAUAUGUGUUGAUACAAGUGAAUUAGUAGGCAUGCACAGCUACAUGUAUAGCAGUGCUUUAACGCUGUCCUCUAUUCCUCCCACUACACACUUGAUACCCUUCCAACUCACUGCACAAAGAUAGUUGCACUGAUGAUACCAUCUGCCACUAAUAUCGUCGUCAGAGCUGCAGUAUCAUUUUAGCUAGCGGACGUAAUACAUUGCGUACGCAGCGAACAAAAUGUCUCGCGACGAAGAUUGUGACAGAUGGAUCAAAGAGACGAUGACGAACGUUAUCGAGACACUCGGGGUGAACAAAGAUGACGCUCACUACGAACUCGCCACAUCUACUGAUAUCUAUUCAUCCACCAUGCAUUACGUAACUGUGAAGUUCAAAAGCAAGACGAGUAGUGAAAACGAGGAAUAUGCUCUGAUACUGAAGAGACCGAUGCAGAUAGAGAUCAUAAGAGAGUUAUUUCGUGUCGAUUUUCAGUUCCACAACGAGAUCUUGUUCUAUCAAACGUACGCGCGACCGGGCGACAAUUUCCCGAGAUGCUUCUAUACCGCCGAGAGGCCACCUACCGAUUCCGUACUCGCCUUGGAGAACGUCACAAAAUCGGGAUACCAUGCCUAUCCGCAGGGCUAUAACGCUCCCCUGGAAUACACCCUCGCAGCGAUGCGCGAGAUAGGUCGGUUCCACGGCAAAGGCUAUGUCAUGAAGAAGCUGCAGCGGGAGGAAUUCUUCGGCAUCGUGGAACGAAUUCAGGAAGGUAGAUAUGAUCUGAAAAUGAGCGACAAUUAUUUGAGGCCCUUCUUCAACUGUAUGGCGCCGCGAGCGGUGGAGUAUCUUCGCCGUCAAGGCUACGACCCGGUCUUCUGCGACAAGACGGAAACUUUACUUUCGGACGCGUUCGACAGGAUAAUGUUGAAGACGGUGCAGCCGCAGGAGCCUCUGUCCACACUCUGUCAUGGUGACUUUACGCUGAACAACAUGCUCUUCAAGGCGGAGGGCGACGGACAAUACCGCGCGAUGCUGAUCGACUUUGCGUUGAUCAUACACGCGACGCCCGUCGUCGAUCUCUCUACGUAUCUCUGUCUGAGUUGCUCGAAUGAGAUAAGGAAAGAGAAGUUCCCUGAGAUCAUGCGAGCGUAUCACGAUGCGCUAAAGGAGUAUCUGCAAGACGCCGGUAUCUGGGACGCUAAAAAGUACUCGUAUGAUGCAAUAGUAGAGAACUACGUGAAAGGCAGUCUCUUCGGUUUUGUCAUCGCAUCGUUUUACUUGGUGAUCUUAAUGGGACGUUGUACGGUAGGUCCGGAGCAAUUGGUACAUAUAGACACAACAGAAUUUGCGAUGAUGUGCAAAGAGGCCGGCGGAGACGAAAUGUCCAAAAUACUGGCCGAUAUGUUAUUGGAACUGAAAGACCUUGGUUGUUUGAAACACUUGUUAUAAGUGCGGUGUUGUCAUUACGUUAUGCUGCAUACGUUACAAAUGCAUAAACUCCAAUACAGAUUGAUAAUUAUAUACAUAUAAAAAUAUGUGUAAGCAGGAAAAUAUUUAAAAAUCACCAAUUAGUGUAUGCAUAGCAAUAAUAAGAAAAAUAAGAAAGAAAAACUUUCUGCUGUACGUUGUAAAAUAUAAUAAAAUUACAUCGCAAUAAAA